CUUCAAAGUUGUUGUUAUUGCCUACUUUGGUAGUAUGUACUUUGUGGAAUCAGAAUCGUCAUAAUAAUCUCAUAAUGGACAUGGUUUGGUACUGAUAUUGUACAUAACCUCUGAAAUUAUUUGUCGGCGUCAGUUUCUUCUCGCUAAACAUGGAUUUCGUAUUUAUGAAACCUGUACAACCUCACGUUUUUAAAGCUAUACAGGAUGUGGACAUUAAUACCCUUAUGAAAUGCACACCUGAUGAAAUUAGACCCAUAAUACCGUGUCUCGUUCGGAUGGCACUUAUAUCGCCAUUGGACAUCACCAACUAUUGUGCAGAGGCCAAGAAAGAUAUUCUAACUCUCCUGUCUGGUAUCGACCUCGUCAACUUCAUAGUAUCUCUCUUAUCAAUAGAGUUUCAUACUUUGGAAAUUGACCUCAAAAAAGAGCAGCAAAUGAGACAAAAAAAUGGUUCGCAAUGUACCGAAUCCUUUUUGAUUCCAAAUAUUGUCAAUGGAAUAGCAAAUGACUUUGAACAAUCUGACUCUGCUCGCCGGGUCCGCUUGGUACUCUCUGAGAUACUGCAGAUGCAGGCCCAGUUGGUAGAGUAUAAUCAAAAUAAAAACACAAACACUGAAUGUACAGUUAAACCAUCAGAGCUCUUUGACAAUGAUGUUUAUUUGGAGGAAAUAACUGACGUGAUUUGCAUCAGUUUAGCAGAAUUACCAAACUUGCUAAAUAUAUGUGAUGUUGUUGAGGUGCUACUCUAUGUUAAUAAGGGACCUACAAUCAUAUCAUGGGUCACUGCUAACAUGCCUGAUACUUUGCAAGAAGUUGCAGAAUCUUUAGUAUUAAACUCUGAAAGAGGAGAAGAGGGUGGCAUUCGUGCAAAGACCUUGAGCAUACUAUGUGAGGUGUGCCCGCACAUAGCAGCAGCUGUCAGGGCUAAGGCAGCAUCAGCAGCACGCUUGCCAUCAUUAGUCAUCACACUUACUUUGACACACCAUCAGGAUGACUUGGUUCAUUUUAUGUCUGGACUUCUCUUGGGAUCAGAUCAAACAACCAGAACAUGGUUCGCGACAUUCUUGCGAAAUUCCCAUAAGAGAGGAAAGGGGGAUGGAUAUAUGGCACUGACUAAACUAAGGCAAGAGUUAUUAAACAGAUUGAAGGUUGCCACAGCUGGAGUUGACGCAUCUGCUCUUUUGAGGCUGUACUGCGCUCUCAGAGGAAUAGCAGGGAUCAAGUUUCAAGAUGAUGAUGUGGCUGGGCUUCUAAGGCUGGUCACACAGAAACCUCCCCCAACUCCUGCAGGAGUCCGUUUUGUGUCUUUAAGCCUCUGUAUGAUACUUGCAUGUCCCUCUCUAAUGGCUGCAUCAGAACAUGAAAAGAAGGCUAUAGAAUGGGUGCAGUGGUUAGUAAAGGAAGAAGCAUACUUUGAAAGCAACUCUGGAGUGACGGCAUCGUUUGGUGAAAUGUUGCUGCUGAUAGCCAUCCACUUCCACUCUGGCCAGCUAGCGGCGGUCGGCGAGCUCGUUUGCGCCACUCUCGGCAUGCGCGUGCCAGUGCGACCCAACGGCCUGGCGCGCAUCAAGCAAGCUUUUACGCAAGAAAUAUUCACUGAACAGGUUGUAACAGCUCAUGCUGUAAAGGUACCUGUGACAGUAAACCUAAACAACAACAUCCCGGGCUACUUACCGGUCCACUGCAUCCAUCAACUUCUAAAAUCUCGUGCAUUCUCAAAACACAAAGUGCCCAUCAAAAAUUGGAUUUAUCGUCAAAUCUGCAACUGCACCGCUCCUUUGCACCCAGUAAUGCCUGCUCUUGUGGAGGUUUAUGUCAACUCAAUCCUUGUUAUUAAUAACAAGGGCACUAAUGAAUAUGUUAACAAGCCAAUUACUGAAGAAGAAAUAAGGAGAGUUUUCCGAAACUCCAUUUUCGGAGCAAACUUUGACGUCAAAAAUAAAACUUUUUCUCCAAUGGAAAUAGAUAAUGGCGAACAAUCCCUUGAGAUCGAUUUGGAAAAGCCUACAUUAGCUUCACAGUUAUUGUUAAUAUACUACUUGCUGCUGUAUGAAGAUGUGAGGCUAUCUAAUGCAGCCACUCUCCUUGCAAAUGGCCGAAAAGUGAAAAGUUAUUCUGCGGCUUUUCUAUCUGAAUUACCGAUUAAAUAUUUAUUACAUCAAGCCCAAAAAGACCAGAUGAGUUACGGUGGUUUGUUCAGCCCACUGCUUCGUCUUCUCGCGACACAUUUCCCGCAACUGUCUCUCGUCGAUGACUGGAUGGAUGACCAAGUUUUUGGAGAUUAUUGUCGUCAUCAAAUAGAUGUUACAUUAUCAGAGUCGUCCAUACACGAAGCCUUCCAAAGCAUUGAAGAAAAUCCAUACAAAACUGGAAAGAUUUUAAAAGCAAUGCUAAGCAAAAACCCGACAGAUAUAUGGCCGUUUGCAGAAAUAUUUGUUCGAUAUUUCAAAAGUGUACUUGGGGAUCAAGUUCCGCGUCAUAUACAGGAAUUAUAUCGAGAAGUAUGGCUACGACUCAACACGGUAUUACCUCGUUGCCUUUGGAUAAUGACCAUCAAUGCUUUAUUAGACAUUAAUGGCAGCACAAAGAGUGUUACAAUUACUCAGGAAAACGUAUUGGUGGAUCCAUUACAAGUUCUGCGUUGCGACAUAAGAGUAUUUCGAUGUGGACCAAUCUUAAAGAUUAUAUUAAGAAUUCUAGAAGCAAGUUUGGCGGCGUCAAGAAGUCAAUUAAGUCGUCAUCUACUGGAUAAACCUUUAUUAGAGAAAAGUGGGCAACUGACAUCUGAUUCUGAAAGAGAGGAAUUAAAAAAUGCUUUAGUUGCGGCCCAAGAGAGUGCAGCACUUCAAAUAUUAUUAGAAGCUUGUUUAGAGACUACAGAAGACAAAUCAAAACCUGAACUGAUGUGGUCUCUACGAGAAGUAAGAAGCAUAAUAUGUUCAUUUCUGCAUCAAGUCUUCAUUUCAGAGCCGUCUUUAGCUAAGCUUGUCCAUUUCCAAGGAUAUCCAAGAGAGUUGUUACCAGUGACGGUACAAGGCAUUCCUUCAAUGCACAUUUGCUUGGAUUUCAUCCCAGAACUUUUGAGUCAAGCAUCUUUGGAGAAGCAAAUAUUUGCUGUGGAUCUUGUUUCUCAUUUAUCUAUUCAAUACGCCUUACCUAAAGCUAUGUCUAUAGCGAGAUUAUGUGUGAAUACACUUUCUACAUUGCUGUCAGUUCUGCCGAGCGAUUUACGAUUAGAAUUGUUUCAGCCAGUUUUGAAAUCUUUGGUAAGAAUCUGUACAGCUUUCCCUUCACUCUUGGAAGACAUAACAUCGUUAUUGUUACAACUAGGACGUAUAUGCGAAUCGCAGGCGUCGCUCGGCCAUUGCUGGAAUGAUGCAAACAUACUGGGGGAAGGGGCCUACGUAGCCUCUGACGUGCAACCCGAAACUAAAGUAUUAGUUGCUGAAGUGUUAUGCAGAGAUAUUAAAAUGACUAUGCAAGAAAUACUGCAAAAGGCGUUACUUAACGAUAAGUUGUAUUAGAAAUGUAGUAACUCUCGAUUAAUAAAUCCCUGAAUUUA